ACAUGGCUCCUCGUCCCAAUCUCACUGGUUUCGACCCUCAAAAGUUUGCUGCCGCCUCGGGCCAGCCUAGAAACGACCCCUGGGCCAGAUACGAGGCCUGGAGAUACACUGGUCCCUUUUCGCGCUGGAACAGAUUCAAGGGCUCUUUCCCCGGUCUCGGAAUCGCUACUGUCGCCUUUGCCGGAUACCUCGCCUACGAAGCCGUCUUCCUUAACGACGACCACGCCCACGCCCACGGCGAUGCUCACGGCAAUGACCACCAUUGAUCUUCCCUUCGCUCUUUCACCUUUAUUAUUCGGGCGUUAGGGGGAUCCGACAUCAACUUUACAAGCAUUUUCCACAAGGCACACGCAAGAUGUUGAAACGAGGAAGACAUUGGUUGCCUCUGCCAUAAUCAUAUCCAAUCGCGCCAGCUCGAUCAUGCCACGAGAUUUCCACUCCUG